AUGGCAGCCGACAAGCGGAACGUGUACCUCGAUGUGGAGGACAGCGAUGAGGACGACAACCAGAGCUACGACUCGGAGGCCGACGAGCUGAGAAAAGGCAACGACCGGAGUUCCAAGCGGCGAAAGGUGCAAAAGGAUGGAGACGACGACGACGACGACGACGAGCCGAUUGGCGGCAGAGAUGACGAUGCGGGCGAGGAGGACGGGCUUCCCAACGAGGCUGGUCCGGACAGCACCAGGAACAAGAAGAGGCGGAGGAAGAGCGUGGCCGACGAGGGCGAUGCCGACGAAGACGACGAGGCCGACAAGGGCAGCAGCAAGAAGCGGAAGCGGCUGGACAGCGCGGGCAACGACCUGCCGGGCGUGUCGAAGCCGCUGACCAAGAAGAACCUGGUGGCGUCGGAGAAGGCGGUGCAGCGGUCGGGGGUGAUGUACCUCUCGCGGGUGCCGCCGUUCAUGAAGCCAAUCAAGCUGCGCUCGCUGCUGUCGCCCUACGGCACCAUCAACCGGAUCUUCCUCUCGCCCGAGGACCCGCUAUCGCAUGCGCGACGUGUCCGUGGUGGCGGCAACAAGAAGCGCUCCUUUGUCGAUGGCUGGGUCGAGUUUGUGCGCAAGCGCGAUGCCAAGCGGGCCGUCGACCUGCUCAACGGCCACGCCAUCGGCGGCAAGAAGAGCAGCUACUACCGGGACGACCUCUGGAACGUGGUCUACCUGCGCGGCUUCAAGUGGCACCAUCUGACCGAGCAGAUCACGACCGAGAACGCCGAACGGGCCGGCCGGAUGCGCGCCGAGAUCGCCCAGUCGACGCGCGAGAACAAGGAGUUUGUCCGCAACGUCGAGCGCGCCAAGAUGCUCGACGGCAUCGAGGCCAAGACGGCCGAGAAGAAGAAGCGGUCGACGACGCAGAAGGAGGCUGGCCACGAGGACAGAGCGCCACCAGCACCAGCACCAGCAGCAGACACAAAGGAGCACAAGAACAGCCGGACAUUCACGUUCAAGCAGACCACGUUGGUCUCGAGAAAGGACAAGGACCAGCAGCCGGAACAGGUGAAGCGGGUCUUGAGCAAGAUCUUCUAG